AAGCUGCAUAUUUUACCCUAUAUAUCAUUAAUUCAUUGAGAUUAAUGUUGCGUGAAUCAAAAAAAGAUUGAUUGAGCCAAAGAUGAUAGAUUUGCAGGAAACGUUAUGGAGGCUUUCUAUAAUUUCUCUACCCAGUUUCUUUCUUCAAGGCUCAAGUAAGGCUUUCUCCAGGUUUGGCUGCUUUUUUGUUCAAGAAAGGUCGUUAAUACUGUCCCAGAAAUACUGAAACUACCAGGGAGAAGAUCCAGGAGGUGUUAUCAUCAACGAAGAAGAAGAAGAAUCCGAUAAUUGUAUCGGAUUAAUGGCAGAGAUUGACAUCGGAGCUUCCAGUUCAAAUGGGAGGACUAAUACUAUAAAGCUGAGGAAGAGGCCUGCUACGCUGCUUUUGCCUGAGUACUUUCCUCGUUUGGAAAUAUUUCCCAGGUUGGAGAAGAAGAAGGAAUUUGAGAUUGAAGGAAGAGAUUUCUUUUUGGCCAGCAAGAAAGGAAUAAGAGAGAUCAUGGAAGACAGCUAUAGUUUCACGGUUGAUAUCUUGGGUGAUCCUAAGCAGGCAUUUUUUGCUGUGAUUGAUGGGCACGGAGGCCACGCCGCGGCUGACUACGUAGCUGAAAAUUUAGGAAAGAACAUUGUGGAAGCACUUGAAAAUGUUGGAGACGAGAUUGGUCGGUUGGAGCAAGCUAUUCGCAGAGGUUACUUGGUCACGGAUAAAGAAUUUCUUAGCCAGGGUGUAAGCAGUGGAGCUUGUGCAUCAACUGUGCUCUUAAAGGAUGGUGAGCUGCAUGUAGCAAGCGUUGGAGACUGUAGAGUAGUUCUUAGUCGAAAAGGAAUAGCCGCUGCAAUGACAAAUGACCACCGCCUUAGCAGCAGGGAGGAUGAGCGGCUUCGGAUUGAGAGCUCUGGUGGUUUUGUGCAUUGUCGAAAUGGGGUGUGGAGAGUUCAGGGAUCCCUCGCGGUUUCUAGAGCAAUCGGAGACUUCCAUUUGAAACAAUGGAUUAUUUCGGAGCCAGAGAUUAAAACGCUCCCCUUAACAUCGGAUUGCGAGUUCUUGAUAAUGGCUUCGGAUGGAUUGUGGGACAAGGUGAACGAACAAGAGGCAGUCAAUGUGGUGUUGAGAGAGAGGAACGUUCAGGAAUCCUGCAAAAAAUUAGUUGACAUUUCUUGUGGAAGAGGAAACAUAGAUGAUAUUACUGUAAUGGUGGUCAACCUUGAAAAUUUUGCAUUAUGAAAAAUGUUAGUAUAUAUCAAAAUCUCAUGGAAUUAGAUCAAUUUUAAGACCCACUUGGGUAUAGUUAAUUUUAAGGAAUUUAGAGUGUAAAUAGUGUUGUCUAUAUCUUAUAAAAGAAUGAAUGCUUUUUAAGUGUUUUUAAAUAUUUUUAUGAAAAUAAAGUUUGUAAUUCAUGUAUUAUAUAUGCAUAAGUAUUGAAGAAUUAUAUUUGAAUGUUAAUAAAUAACAUUUGGAAUUAAAAAUAAGUAAGGAGAUUUUUGAAGGAAAU